AAGAGUUAUUGAAAUCGAAAUUGAAGAAUUCAUCAUCUGUUGUAUUCUGUUAUCUGAAUCGUCUUCUAAUGGGAUUCCUUGAACAUCAUAAGAAGUUUAUAGAUGCUACUGAGAAAGGAAUCAAAUGGUCUAACUCUGAUGUUCAAUCUUUCAUCUCUAUUGAUCCUAUCCAUGGACCUGUGGUGGAAAAUGCAAGGAAAGCAGCAAAAGUAGCUGCGAUAGGAAGUGCUGUUGGAGCACUUCAUUUGGGUGGAACUGCCUGAUAUUCAAAGAGUCCUCACGGCUAAGAUGUUCAACUUCAACUCAUCAUCACUGCUGGACAAAGAUAUGAGAGAUUAAAUUUGCACAUUAUAAGGACAUGGUCAUGCCUCUUUGGCAUGAAAAUCUUAAGGUUUUGUUUGUGACAAAUGGAUUACAAGAUUCACUUCUACACCAAGGAUAGCAAUGCCUUGGUUCAUGGAAUGGAUGAUCCACCUAUAACCCCCUUCACAUGUGACAUGUCAGAAUCAGGAGAUGGUAUUGUGGCAGUUGUGAAACGUGACAGUAUUCUCAACGCGGCUAUUAGCGGUAAAUUGAACCGAUUUAAGGAAUUGAUUGCAAAAUAUGAUGAUGGAAGAGGAUUAGCAAACACAGUGAUGAGUGUCAAAGAUGAUAAUGGAGUAGGAGUUAUCCAUUUUGCUGCUGAAGAAGGAAAGUUGAAUGUUCUCAAAUACUUGAUUGAAGAAUUGGGACUUGAUGUCAAUAUGAAAAAUGAUGCAAAAGGUGAAUCUCCGUUUUAUCAUGCAGUACUGGGUGGGAAUAUCAACAUUGUUGAUUAUCUACUUGGAAAGGGUGCUAAUCCUAAUACAUCCAACACCAAUGGUGCUACUCCUCUGCAUUAUGCUGCUCAAAAAGGAUACACAGAGAUACUCACCAGAUUACUUUCCAGAGGUGUUAAUGUGAAUGGUUCAUGUGAAGAUGGUACACUGACACCCCUAGCAGUGGCUGGUGCUACACUGUCACCCCUAGAUGUGGCUGCUAAUAACGGCCAAAUCGAGGCAAUACAAAUUUUGUUGGAUCACAACGCAGAUGUUAGUAAGCCUAAUUUGAUGUCUUGUCGCUCAUUUACAUCACUGGCGCUAUCUAUUAAAUCUGGUCUACCCCAAUCAUUACGAUGCAUCGAGCUUUUACUUGAGGCUGGUGCUGACCCGGAUGGUGGAUCAUAUGGAGUAACACCUCUGAUAGUUGCAACAUGUAAAGGGUUAACAGAAAUCAUCAGGCGCUUAAUUCAAGCUGGUGCUAAUCCCGAUGUUACAAAUUGUUUUGGACUCACGCCAUUAGAAAUUGCCGCGAGAAAACGUAAUCACCAUGAUGUGGAGAUUCUUUUCCCUGUUACUUCUCGUAUUCGGGGAUAUAUCGACUGGAGCAUUGGUGGAGUAAUCACACACGUACAAUCUGAUCAAGCUACUGAACAGUGGAAACUGAAUGCCGUGGAGAAGUUUCACGAUUCAAAGUUAAACGGCGCAGAUGCAUUUAAGGAACAGGACUAUCAUAAGGCAUUAUUUUGGUACUAUCAGGCAAACCAUAUUGCUCCUUGUGACGCAAAUGUACUUUCUAACCUGAGUAUGUGUUUGGCCCGUUUGAAAGACGGCGAGUCGGCUUUAGAAGCUGCUGAAGCAUGUAUAUUCCUAAGGCCAGAUUGGCCUAAGGCAUACUAUCGGGCUGGUGUAGCGUACAGCUUACUAAAAAGAUACAGUUCUGCGCAAGAAGCCUUCCUCAAAGGUUUGAAGUUGAGUCCUAAUAACCAAGAGAUUAAAGCUGCAUUCAGGGAAGCUGUUGUAUGACGUGAAAAGUAUCCUGUCUAGAAGAAGAUGGCCAUGGCAUUUCUUUUCGGACUACUGUUGUAUGGAAUUUACUUCACUAUGUCUAUAUGUACAGUCCUUUUCUUAUCCAUCUCGGAAACAAGUUAUGUCAAAUAUGUCCCACUUUUAUCAUAAGUAUUUUGCACUCUGUUUAAAAAAAAUGUUCGCGUGAUCA